AUGUCGGAAAUUGACCAAUGUGAAGGUACACCUCAAACACCUAUUUUGUCCGAGAGUCCUAAUCCUGUCACACCACAAGAAGCUCAAAGAGGUUUUGUAAUUAUACCUGACGAUCAACAAAACAAAUCCUUCCAUAUGUUUCUCAAUUCUCAUCGGGAUAUUCAUCCCUACACUCGACCUCUUACCACCUCCGAUUUGGAGUCUGUUUUGACCCUCGAGAAUACCGCUUUCUUAGACCCAAAUGAAAGGGCAUCUAGAGAAAAGCUGAGAUAUAGACUAAACAGAUGUGGUGAGCUAUGUCUGGGUAUUUUCUGCACCAUGGCACCUGGCUCUGAUCCCAAAAUCGAGACUCUUGCCACAGGUCAUCCUGUUGAAACAAGUCGACAGAAUGGAGCAAUUAGUGUUCUCAUCGGCCAUGUCAUCGCAACCAAGACACAUGACUUGACAGCUUCGGAUGCAUCCAUGGGUGUUCCGGAAGGCUGGGAGGCUUCCAAACCGCCACGUACGAAAUUGGGCCACCAAGAAUAUGGACGAACGAUUGUCCUCCACUCGGUUGCUAUUUUACCCGCUUUCCAAGGACGAGGACUGGGGAAGAUACUCAUGGCUGCGUAUAUGCAGCAAAUGAACGGUGCUGGAAUUGCUGAUAGGCUAGUUCUCAUUGCACAUGAUCACAAAGUGAAUUUCUACAAGAUGCUUGGCUUCACGGAGAAAGGGAAGAGCGAGGCUCAAUUUGGUGGUGGCGGCUGGUAUGAUAUGGUUUAUAAUCUUAAGACCCCUGAAGCACGAACGGCUUAUGGUUAG